GCCACGCCACCGCAUACCGUUGCGACGGCGUCAUAUUCGUUCAACGUCACGGUGAGCGCCGCGCGACCCAUUUAUUCCGCAUUACAUAAGCUAAAAUGAACUGGAACGAUGACGAUUUAAUAGACCAAGUAAAGAAAUAUCCUGUACUAUACCGAGAUAAAAGGAAACAUUACAAGAAUAUCAUUAAGAAGGGCAACUGUUGGAUAAAAAUCGGUGCUGCAUUGAACAAAACACCCGAAGAAUGCAAAUCAAAAUGGCGGAAUAUACGGGAUAGCUACUUAAAGAAUCAAAAGAAAAAGCUGACAGGCGACGGUCCUUCGAAUUCCAAAUACUUCGAUGAAAAGCUGAACUUUCUGUCAGAAGCCUACGACGCUGGAGAUACGUCGAACUAUAUUUCGGCUGAUGAGAGUUCAAGUCCACCUUCAACGAACAUUGAGUCAUUUGACAUAAUUGUUAAAGAGGAAUACGAUGCAUUUGCAGAAGAACCGUCAACAGAAUCUAAUUUUGUGUACAGUCCUGGAAAUUCUGAACAUCAUAAAGACAAUUUGCCAAUUAUUACUUCUGUCGCCCCUGCUGUACCAAGAAAGGUAACACCAGCUGCAAAAAGAGCGUAUAAACGAAAACUAGACACCAUUGUAGACGAAAUGAAGAAGGAUAGAGAAGAGAGGAAUCAAAUUUUUAAAAGCCUAGUUGAUAGAAAUUGUGGUGGCCAAACAUCUACUCAUAAAUUUUUUUCUUGCAUGGCUGAUAUUGUGAGUAAUUUUCCACUAGAAAAGAUAGCAGAAGUGCGAAUGAAAAUUUAUAGCAUGGUCAAUGAUAUGGAACUCAGUAUAAUGAAAGAAAAGGGUGAAUAGGGUUCAGGUAUUUGUCAGUUUUAUAAUUGUUAGUAGGUAAUCGUGGAACGAUUUUUAAAAAACUUCCUACCCUAUAACUUAUUUUGAGUUUAUUUUUUUGGGCUCAGUACAAUUUCUAUAUAUUGAAACUUCAUUCUGCCAAAAUCUCCUGUCUGUAUAAUUUUUCAUUGUGUUAAUCUAUGUCGUCCUCUUUUUUUUUUUAAUAAAAGACAAUUCGUUUUUAAGUUGUUUAAAAUUCCUCAAUGUAUGGUUGUGAGGACAUUUUACUAAAUGUGAUUCGAUAUUGUUAAUGGAUUAUUA